CGAGACGCCCGCGUGACUGUGCUCGAUUUUGGGCGCGCGUCGCGACAAGACAAAAACCCGUAACGAAUCUCGCUAAGUUUUGCAUAAUGGAUAACCAGGCUGAAGGAGACUCGAGAAUCGACCGAUGAGAAAGAAACGCGCGUUCGAUCGACAAGGACCGUAUGUGCAAGGCUUCUGGAAUCGUUUUUGUUUUUCGGCUCCAACGAUCGCUUCCGUUCUCUCCGUGUCGUGCUUUUUUCCUCUCCUGGACCUAGCUGCCUUGGCGACAACGCUUUUUUCCCCUCGCUGCAUUCGAGUAAACGCUCAUUACAUUGUCGCGACGCGUGCGCCCAAACAUUCUCUUCUCUAUUUCACUAAAGACUCUGUGAGGAAUUACGUUCUUUUUCACCGUCGUUCGUCGAUAGUUCUCACGUGUCGAUAAAUCUGGUUUAACAAGAUAUCCAUUAUACAAUAAGUCUCGUGGGAAUUGCUCGCGCUGAUCUUUAUGUAUUGUAAAUAGCAACGAGUCGUGAACGACUGGUAGACAAAGUUCUAUCAGAUAUUGAAAAAGCGAUCGAACAUGCCUUUCGCGUUAAAAAUCGAACUGAUUUAGUGGGGGGCCAGGGGUUCAAUAUUUAUCAGAGGUACACAAAAUAUUAACGAUUUAUUAACGGAGAGUUUUGACGAUGGUUUGUGUUGUCGGUACUGUGGGUAGUACGUAAAGUACUGAAGGAAAGAUAGAAAGGGAGAUAGUAUCGUCGAGAGGCUGUGGAGUUCGAGUUUUCGGGACUGGAUCCGUCGAAAACCAUUCAGAACCCUCUGACCGCGAGUUUUCUUGGAAGACUUUCCGUGAGGAUGGAUGUAGUGUCGAGUAGACUGCUAUUGCCAGCGAAGGCCGUGGAUAUUGCUACCUACCACUCAUCUUUUUACUCUCCGCCACCCACCGAAGCAUCGCGCUCUGGUUACGAUUCUAGUAGCGGGGGAGAGUCUGACAACGAGUACAAUAUCAUUGCUUGUCGUGGAGCCAGCAAUCAGUCGCAGAAUCCAAACACGACAAAUGCAAGCAGUAAUGGUCAAGGAAAACACAUAAACAAAGGAAGAUGGACCAAAGAGGAGGACGGUCUGUUGAAGCAGCUAGUAAGCAACGCCGAGCAACUUGGGACCGGACUUCGAUGGGAUGUCAUAGCUGGCCACUUCCCAGACAGAAGUGACGUUCAGUGUCAGCAAAGAUGGGCGAAGGUUGUGAAUCCGGAAUUGGUCAAGGGACCAUGGACAAAAGAGGAGGACGAAAAAGUAGUAGAAUUAGUGGAACGAUACGGACCGAAGAAGUGGACAUUAAUUGCCCGACAUCUAAAGGGCCGUAUCGGUAAGCAGUGUCGGGAAAGAUGGCACAACCAUUUGAAUCCGGGCAUCAAGAAAACUGCGUGGACAGAGGCGGAGGACAGGAUUAUUGUGGAAGCUCACCGCAGGGUGGGAAACCAAUGGGCGAAAAUAGCAAAACUACUGCCGGGCAGGACGGAUAAUGCUAUAAAAAAUCAUUGGAAUAGCACUAUGAGGAGAAAAUAUGAAACUGAAGAUGGUGGUAGACCCACCAGCACAAGAGGAAGAGGUAGGAGAAAAGCUACAGAAUCGUCGGUGCUCUCUAAAGAAGCAGAGGAGGAAAUCUCAGGUCGUCUGAAGGUAGAUUCGGCGAACAACGAAAACUGCACAACUGUGUCCACUAUGCAGCAGCAGACUCUGGGUAUCGACCAGCUGGACUGGAGUAGGGCUUGGGAUAAUCAACAAAAUAACCAAACUUUCCAAGGUCUUCUGAAUCUGAAUGAACGGCCGCACAAUAACGAAUCUCGAGUAGAUACUCCUUCAAAAAGAGGAAGUUCUUCUCGAGUCAAGACUGAACAAAUUUCACCUUUUACAAAGUAUUUUGAUAUGCAAAUACAAGGUGAAGCGACAAGUUCAAAGAAUUCAGAAAUUAGACUAAUGCCCAUGCCAGACCUGGAGGAAAUGCCAGAAGCCAUAGCGGAGAAAGAAAGGAGCAGUCCACCCCCUAUUCUCCGUCGACGUAGAAAUACUCAGGUCCUUCAGCAGAGGACGGAAAUACCUGAGAAUAUGAACCAGUCUGAUUACUUGUUAAUAAACCAACAACAGCAACAAUCUGGCGUUACCACUCCAUCCACGCCCAUCAAACAAUUGCCAUUCAGUCCGUCACAGUUCUUGAACAGCCUGAGUCCUGAAACCUCCCCCUGGCCACGGGCAAGUACUCCUAAAGGUAGCAGCCCUGGUCCACUCACCACACCACAACCCACUGGUCUGCGACGAAGUCAGAAUGAUGGGAACACACCGAGAACGCCAACACCGUUCAAAAACGCGUUAGCAGAAUUAGAACGGCGCAGCGGCGCGACUACUCAGUUACCUGCCACCCCAAGUCGUCUGGAUGCUCUAACGGAGAUCAUCAAACAAGAAACCGACCGUGAAUGUCUAGCAGGGACUAGCACCAUCCUUCAAGACUCUGGUUACAGCACGAUUAGACGGCGGGGUAAAGAAAAUAGCGCUCCUGGUGGAAAGAGAGCGCGUAAAGCUCUCUGUCAAGCCUGGGCGAACGCUUCCCAGGAUAAUUCCGAAAUAAGUUUCGUUGUAGAAACGCCGAGUAAAAGUUUGGACACAUCGGUAUUAUUUUCACCAGCAUCCAUGGCAUUGGAGGAUAGUUUCUUAACAGCAGGAACUAGCCCCAUAAAGACUUCCCACGACUUUGUGUCCAUACAACGGAAGCCUAACGCCAAGAGAGCAAUCACGUUCGACGCGUUCGACAGUCCCUGUUGUAUUCUCAGCCCUCUACCGCUUAGGCCAGUCAAACGUGCCAAGCUACAAUUGGAGGCACAAUGGACAACAGUGGCAUGUGGACGCACGCGUGAUCAGCUGGAAAUGACGCGAGCCGCCCGACGAUUCCUCAGCAGCCAUGGAUACCUGCCAUUACGUCCUCGUUCUCUGAACUUUUAACAGCCUUUCUGCAGCCGGUCGCAGGGGCUCGGUCGCACUUCGUGGUACAAAAAAUGCGACAUUUAACUAGUCGUAAUUAAAAAUACACGGCGCUUCCGUUUAAGGAAUAUGGCCUUUUUCUAUCAAAACUGUCGAACGAGAUGAGAAAAAUAAAAAAACAUGGCGAAGAAAAAAUGAAUCUAUUAGACAAUUUUUUUACAGGCUAAAUACGAAUACUUUGCGUAUUGGAAUCACGUUUUGUAAUCAUCUUUUGUAAUGUAACCGCGGAUGUAAUAUUGAAGUAUUCCGAUACAUAGCGUAUAUAUACAAGCAGUCGAAUUCUGUUUUAACAAAGAAAACCAUGUUUCAUCUGAAAUUGCAUCUUGAAAGGAGAGGAAAUGUCACGCUUUACCAACACUUUUGUUUAUAGUUUGUUCUUAAACUCAAGAAUAAACAGCAGAAACAAAAGCAAAGCAAAAGACACCUCUGCCUUUUUUUGUAGAUGAUAAAAUGUUGCUACUGUAGUGGCUUAUAAUUAAUAAACGUGAAAAGAAAUAAUAUAGUAAAAAAAUAACAAUAAUAUAAUCUUUGUAACAGUUUCUUACUUUCGUAAACAUUGCUUGUUCCUGGUGGGAUAUGUACAAAUUACAUACAUAUGUUGAUAUAUAUAUGCAAUUUUUUUAAGGGGCAUCAGAGAUAGCAAUGUUCACGUAAAGAAACUCUCGCAUGGAUCAUGAUAUUACAUACAAUUUAUUUUGUACUUGCAAACGUCGAAGAAUUUCUGACACUUAACGUAGCGACUUCUUAUCACGUUCGUACAAAAAGAUAAAAGAAUAAAAUAAUAGUCGGUUUAUUUGAUACAAUAGUAUAUAUUAUAUAAUAUAAAACAGAAGCAUUAUUGCGGCCAUUAUGUACAAAGAGCCUUUGUAACUGAUAUUUAAUUUACAACUGAAUAAUAAAGACGUGAUGAUAAUCACACCAAAAAAUAAA